AUGAGAUAUUUAGAAAUGGUGACGAUAAUAAUGCAUCUUACAAGCAUAUCUCCAAAGCGAUACAAACACAUAUCUUCAGAAAGCAUAGAAAAUAUAUUGUACUAUAAAGACUGUAACCAUAAACAGAAACCAACGGUGAGUCCAGUCUUACGAACACCCCCACAACAGCAGGAGUGCAAGAUGUGCUGCACGAUGUGUUGCGGAGACCAAUGCGUGGACAGUCAAAAAUUGUCCUUGGGCAGGCAGAUGCAAGGACAAAACAAUAUACAAUUCGAGCCCAAACUGCCUCAACCGAAUAUAAAGCCACUGAAGACAAAACAAAAUAAAAUGAAACCAAUAUUACCCCAAAUACCACCAGUUCCAGGGAGGAGAGGCUUUGGUUUUACGAAAGAAAACGUAAAGGCUCUAAUAUCCAAGGAUGAAGAUAUAAGGAAGAUUCUAAAGGAUCUAGUGAGGGUCACGAUGCAGAAGGUUGAUUUGAUGAAUUUAUUAAACGGGAAACAAAAUGAAAACAGAAAAGACGAUGAGUCGAUUGAUAAUGAUAGUGAUUCUGAAAAUGAUUUGUGA